AUUUAUCCUGUCGUCUGAAGGACGCGACUGUAUCCAUUGAUUAGGGGGAAAACCUCGCAAUGCAGAAUUUGGUUAAUUGGUACAAAAAUCGCAAUAAAUAAAGUAAAACUCGCGCGUAUACUGUAGCAAAUAGUUGUUUGAAACUGCACGUAAAAGGCGGCGAGCUGGCGCAGGUAGCAGGUUGCCAGUGGACUAUGAGAGACAGUGGUGGAAGCCUGGCCCAAAACCGCUGGCAGGGCGAACUCUCCUUGACUGUGAGCCAGGAAGCCAGCAGUGUUGGGGGAAUGGGAGGUGGUCUAAUGGAUCCAAACUCCCCUCCUAAUGCCACCAGCCCCAUACACCUCAGAUUAGGUCACAAGGAGAGGGUCUGGGCCGGUGAUUACAUAGAACCGGUAGAGGUUGAUGAAGAGGUUGGUUUUGAUGAGAAUGAAGAAUAUUUGGAAGAGGAUGAAGAACAAGAUGACGAAGAGAUCGAUUCUGAGUGUGCUCCAUGGGAGGAAAAAGAGGAUGUGGAAGACUGGCAACGGCCAUUUGAAUCGCAACCACAAGUCAUGCAUGUUAAUAGUUAUCCACACCAGGCUCCAUCACAUGAUGGGGCUGCCAAAUUCCAAGCCAGAGACUUUCCAGAAAAUACCGUACAGAUACGACUUCAUGGGCUAAGAGAGCAAAGAAUGAAGCGUUGGAGAAGGCUGCGGUCCAGUGUGCGGCUACGAAACCGGCUUGUGCAAAAUUGGAAAAUUUGGAGACAGAGGGCACAGUGGGUUGGCAGCUUAGGGUAUCGACGGGCAAGGAGGUGGCGCCAUUAUAGGCUUAAUACCAGCAAGAGACGAGAGCAGGGAUUUAACAAUAUGGGAUCGUUACGGUUAGGUUUGGGCAAAACAAGCGGCAGACAAAGAGAAAAUCAGUUUUGUGGUUUCAACGGUUAUCAUGGGGAUUCUCUAUCAAAAUCAGCAGUCAGUGGAGGCCGGGAAUAUCAUUCUGUGCCUGAGAAGCCUGCCCCUCAGAGGAUGGAGUUGGCCCUCACAGAAGAGCAAAGGGCUUGUGCUCAAGGUCUUCUUGAUGAAUAUCUUCAAAAGUAUGGAAGUCUUAUUCCUGUACAAUCAGAUGAUAUUGUUGAGGAACUACAGAAUAUCUUCAAUGAAGACUUUUCCCAGCCUCACAGGAAAAUAGUAGUGCAGCAUUUAAUUCAGUCCUACCAGAGAUCACCAGGACAAGCCAUGGUGAAAGGAUUCCGGGUGAAUUACAAGCGACAUGUUCUCACGAUGGAUGACCUUACUACCCUCUAUGGACAGAACUGGCUCAAUGACCAGGUCAUGAACAUGUAUGGAGACCUUGUGAUGGAUUCAGUGCCUGAAAAGGUGCAUUUCUUCAACAGCUUCUUUUAUGACAAGUUAAGGACCAAAGGUUAUGAUGGUGUGAAACGGUGGACCAAGAAUGUGGACAUCUUCCAGAAGGAUUUGUUGUUGAUUCCCAUCCAUUUAGAAGUGCACUGGUCACUGGUUUCGGUUGAUAUUAAAGAGCGAUCCAUCACAUACUUUGAUUCUCAGCGAACUCUCAAUCGUCGCUGCCCCAAGCAUAUUUUCAAAUACCUACAGGCAGAGGCUGUUAUAAAAGGAAAGAGAGACUUUCUUACAGGAUGGAAAGGCUUUUUUAAAAUGAACGUAGGCAGACAGAAUAAUGACAGUGACUGUGGGGCAUUUGUCCUCCAGUACUGCAAGUGUCUUGCAUUGGGUCAUCCCUUCAGCUUCAGUCAACAGGAUAUGCCCAAGCUGAGGAGACUUAUGUACAAAGAACUUUGUCAUUGCAAGCUUUCAUUGUGAUAUUUGUGUAAAGAGCACAGUCAGAUGAAAGACAAAACACACAAAAGAUAUAUUUGUCGAACAACCCGAGAGACUUUACACUGAGGAUGUUUUAUCCCUACUCACUCAUUUUAAUUUUGUAUAAGCUUUAUCUUUAAAUAGAGCCCAACAUCUUGAGUCAGAGAACCGAGAGCGAGUUAUUCGCUUGACAUGUUGACAACAGUCUUGACAACCUGUGACACACUGCCUAUUUGUAGGACCGUCAUCAACACAUUGUCCCAGGUUUCGUAAUGAAGAGAGGGUGCCUCGGGGGAGAGGCAGCCCACCAAACAAUUUUGUUCCAUUUAUGUAAAAUCUGCUGAUGGCCCUAAACAAAUGGAACAAUUUGUUUUGGAGUUUGUGUUUGUUCUGUGCAUAAAUAGGUUACAAAACUCCUAAUCAAACGUUUUGGAUCGAGAGGAGAAGCUCUCUGAUAUAACUGAAAAAAUCAUGUCUGUAGUUUUGUUAUUAAAUAAAUCACCUUAUGG